UCAGCAGAACCAAAUUUGAGGGUCCGAACCGAAGCAAUGCCUCCGGCGAAGAAGAGCAAAUCGCAGCCGGACUCGUCCCGGUCAACUCGGUCCUCUUCCGACGGCGGCGGCAACUCCGCCGAGAGCUUCCCUUCUUGUCUGCGACCCGUCCCUCCCUCCUCCGUCGCCAUCACCAUCCACGCCAAGCCCGGCUCCAAGUCGGCCUCCAUCACAGAUCUCAGCGACGAGGCGGUGGGAGUCCAAAUAGACGCGCCGGCCAAGGACGGGGAGGCCAACGCGGCGCUUCUCGAGUACAUGAGCUCGGUUUUAGGGGUGAAGAGGAGGCAGGUCUCAAUAGGUUCUGGCUCGAAAUCGAGGGACAAGGUUGUGAUCGUGGAGGAGGUGACUGUGAAGAGCGUUUUCGAUGCCCUCGCAAAAGCUGUAAAAUGAAGGCAAUGGGUAGGAGGUGGCAGAGGCAGAACACAUACAGAGAUUCAAGUCUUCAAGAGGCCCAGACAGCACCAAAGAUUCAAGAGUUGCUGUGUCAUGGUUGUCUCUUUCCUUCUACCAUGUAAAGAUCAUAGUGCUUUUCAACUAAAGCUGAGUGCUUUUAUUACUGUGCAAUCUUGUAGCCAAACCAAUGCUGGAGCACAAGCUUUGGUUUUCACAAUGUCUAUCUGUUGUACAUACGCAAUUCAAUAGUACAGUUGAUGGUUCUCAAGCUAGUUGUUAUUUCUCAAUCAGUCAGUAAACAUGCUCUCAGACUUAUUCU